AAAAGCGCCUGAAACAGUUGCGACUGCAACGUCGAUUUGUGACGACGGACCGUCCCAAGCGUCCUAGUUCCCAGCCAAAGGAUACUAACAAAGAGUCUGCUCUGAAAACCAGCAAACUACAAGCCAACAAGCCCAAAAACCAAGUACAAAAUGCUUGCCUAGCUAAAGAAACGGAAACAUUGCGCAUACGCCGCAUAGUGCAAACAAUAACUGUGAUACAAGUUGAAAUUUCUUGAUUUUCGUUGGUCCUCGCACCAAAGCAACCUAACCUACCUACUUAAUAACUUAUUUGUGCUAUCCCCAAACCAAGAAGCCGAAACAGAGGCAAAAUGUCGGUGCCAAUGCUGCUGACCCCCAUGGAGCCCCAGAGCCCGGAUGACCACAUGAAAAAUUGCGCCGCCUACGUGGACGGAGCCUCGAUCACCUAUGGAACCGGAAACGAGCUGGAGUCCGUCCCCGGAUCCACCGCCGCCUGCAAGCCCACUCUGCGGGAGUUCAACGUGCGGCUGGAGGCUCCCCUGGCCGCCGAGGAGCGUCUCGGUCUCACCGGCGACGUGAAGGCCCUCGGCGAGUGGCAGCUCUCCAGGAGCGUGCCGCUCGAGUCGCUGGACGAGCUCAACUGGCAGGCCACGGUGGCCCUGCAGUCCUGCCGCCAGCUGGAGUACCGAUACUUCGUCUACGUGGAGGACCUAUCCGGCUACAAGCAGAUCCGCCGGUGGGAGACCCACUUCAAGCCCCGCUCCCUGGGUCCCUGCCAGGAGCUGCAGUGCAGCCAGCUGGACGUCUUCGGGAUCACCUCGGACAACUCGGACCUGAAGCCGCAGGUGCACCGCGGCUGGCUCAACCACGAGGCCAUUCUGCAGCUGAAGUUCAACGGCGAGAAGAUGUUCCAGGUGCACGACAUCGAGACCUUCGACCCGCAGCACGUCCAGCUGAAGGUGGUGCCCGUCGAGCAGACCGCCGGCCUCCACGUAGAGUACACCAAGCAGGAGUACGGCCGCAGCCAGCUGGAGCAGCAGCCCACCUUCGGAGUGCCGUACACCAAGGGCGACAUCGUCAUCUUCCACAUCACGCUGCCGCUGGAGAAGAUGAUGCAGCAGCACUUCCGCCUCGAGUGCUACAGCAUGUCCAACGAGCUCCUGGGCAGCGCCAGUCUGGUCAGCUCGGAGCUAACUGGCAGCGAGGGACUGCUGCACCUGCGCAUCAAGUCGGCCAGGGAUGCUGAUGAGACUCUGGCCAGGCUGCGGCUCCCCUACGUGGCCGUGCAGCCGUAUCGCUACUCGCCGCUGGACUUCAAGACCACCUACGCCCACUACUGGCCCAAGAGCUGGCCCAACCUGGACGUGGGUCACCGCGGCAACGGCAAGAGCUACAUUGCGAACGCUCCUGCUGAGCGGGAGAACACCAUCGCCUCCUUCCUGAGUGCCCACGAGCACCACGCGGACAUGAUCGAGCUGGACGUCCACCUGACCGCCGAUGGCGUCCCAGUGAUCUACCACGACUUCGGCCUGCGGACUGCGCCGCCCGGCAAGCAGAUCAACCGGCCGGACCAACUGGAGUACGUGCUGAUCAAGGACAUCAACUACGAGCUGCUCAAGAGGCUGCGCAUCUUCUCGGUGAUCGCCGGCCAGGUGGUGGAGUACCCCUCGCACAACAACGAGCCGAGGAGCGAGCACCGCAUCUUCCCCACGCUGGUGGAGGUGCUGGAGCAGCUGCCCAAGUCGCUGGGCAUCGACGUGGAGAUCAAGUGGCCGCAGCGCCGCCAGGGCGGAGGAUCCGAGGCGGAGCAGACCAUCGACAAGAACUUCUUCGCGGACAAGGUGCUACACCAGGUGAUCCAGAAGGGCUGCGGCCGACCCGUAAUCUUCUCCAGCUUCGACGCGGACAUGUGCACGAUGCUGCGCUUCAAGCAGAACAUCUUCCCCGUGAUGUUCCUCACGCAGGGCGAGACCAAGAAGUGGCAGCCCUUCCUCGACCUGCGGACACGCAACUUCAUGGCCGCCGUCAACAAUGCGCAGGCCUUCGAGUUGGCCGGAACAGCUCCGCACGCCGAGGACUUCCUGGGCGAGAACGCGCCCGAGAUGCUGCAGAAGGCCAAGGACCUGGGCCAAAUAGCCGUCAUCUGGGGCGACGACUGCAACUCGAAGGAGCGUGUGGAAUAUUUUACCCGCAUCGGGGCCACCGCCACCUGCUACGACCGCAGCGAUCUCUUCAUGCCCGCGGGCAAACAGGAAGCCUUCUUCAAGUCACCCGCUCUGAUGGCCGAGUUCGCAGCCCAAUGCCGGAAUUAGUGGAAAUAGGGUUAGCAGAAGAAGAAGCAGAAACGGGCGGGUAUUUCUAAGCAAUGGUUAAUCGUUAGGCCUCUAAGGCUAGUCUGUAUAUUUAUUUAAACACUAACUGGGAAAGAGAAAUGUGAGAAGCUUUGGAGUCGCUGGGUAAUUUGAAACACCGAAACGGAACAGAAACCCUCGAAGAAAUCAUUUCUACACACGUUAAGCCGUCAUUUGGCAUAAUUACACAUGCAAAAAGGAAUUCCUCCAAAAUUAAGUAGCACCACAAAAGACAAUGGGAAGAAAGCGAAGCGAAGAGUCGAGAAUUACAAAAACACAUACACCUACAUUACCUGCUAAUAAUCUAUCUAUCUAUACCUCAAGCAAAAUAAGCGAAAAUAUAAUGCUAAUAAGCUUCUUUUAAUUAACGCGUAACUACAGAUAAUAAUAACGUCUAACGGUGAAUAUAUAUUCAGUGAGUCGAUGUAAUAUCAACAGAAUUGUUUGUCACUUGAGCAAAAACUAUUUUUAUAUUAGAGAAGUAUUUUAUAUAACUGUUGUAAAAUAAAUUUGAGGCGUGUUUAUACACAUUUUAAAAUGUCCGAUUUGUUUGAAAUGCUUUGUUUCUGUUUUAAAAUCUGUUUAAUAAUUAACACAGUAAUUAAGAAAACAUAUAAGAAAACCAACUCUAUAAACUCAAAGAGAAUACCAUAUACAAUGGAUUACAAUAUAUAUUUAAAGAUGUCGCUUACAAUAUUUAAACUUCAAGAAUACACUUAAAAGCAAUCAUAUAUUUUUAUCAAUAUUUAAAAUCAGUUUAACGACGAAAAACCAGAAGCGAUAAGUGAUUAACAAGUCGUAUGUUUAAUAAAAUCACAUAAAUAUUUUCAUAAUAUUUUAAAGAGCAACUGAA